AUGAAAAAUGAAGCUAAUUACCAGGGCAGAGAGCAAGAGCUUGACUCGCCUCUGGGAAAUUAUGAUCAGCCUAAUGACUACAUCUUGGAAAGCCCCCGGGAAUUAUGUCCGGAUAGUGAUGAAGAAGAUGUUGAACGUAGAGCUAUAGAGGAUGAUGAGGAAACCAAAGCUGCUUCUGCGUCAAUGAAGAAGAAGAAGAGGAAAGCCUUGAUGGAAUUCCGCCGAAAUGAAAGCUUGAGGCAGAAAGAACAACUCAAGGAGAUUACCCUAUGGGGUGUGCCUUUGUUGCCAAGCAAAGGCCAUCAAGGCACUGAUGUUUUGCUCCUCAAAUUCUUGAAAGCCCGGGAUUACAAGACCAGCGACGCAUUUGAAAUGCUGAAAAGAACCCUGAAAUGGCGAAAAGAAUUCAGGACUGAUGAAAUUCUGGAAGAAGAUUUAGGAGUCUCUGGUCUUGAAGACGUGGUGUGCAUAAAUAGUAGAGACAAAGAUGGCCACCCUUUGUGUUACACUUCGUAUGGACCUUUCAAGGACAAAGACUUGUACAAGAAAACAUUCGGGUCUGAAGCAAGACGCCAACAGUUUUUGAGGUGGAGAGUUCAAUUCAUUGAAAAGGGAAUCAAGAAGCUCAACUUCAAGAGAGGGGUUGAUUCGAUGGUUCAGAUUACGGAUUUGAAGGAUUCCCCAGGCCCCGAUUUUAAGGAGCUUCGUUCGCUUAGUAGCAAAACUCUGCUCUUGUUACAGGACAACUAUCCUGAGCUCAUUCAAAAGAAUAUUGUUAUCAAUGCUCCACUUUGGUAUUAUGUGUCUCAUGUGCUCCGAUCAAGGUUUCUAAGUCACAGAACUAAGAAGACGUUCAUCUUUGCUAGAUCCCAAAAGGUUACAAAGACCCUUCUCAAGUUCAUAGAACCAGAAGAACUCCCAGUUCAAUAUGGUGGCCUCAAAAGAGAGCAAGAUGAUGAGUUCACACCAGAGGACAAAGUAUCUGAGCUCAUAAUCAAAGCAAACACAAUCAACUAUAUUGAAAUUCCAGUUGUUGAGGGUGGAUUGACAAUGGUGUGGGAUCUAACUGUGGUGGGAUGGGACGUGUUGUACAAGGAAGAGUUCCUUCCUGAUGAUGAAGGGUCGUACAACAUUCUAAUCCAAGACAAGAAGAGACUGCAAGGAGAGAGUGUGAGAAACUCCUUCUACUUUAGUGAACCAGGGAAGAUAUUCGUGACCUUUGAGAACUGGAAUUUCAAGGACAGGAGAGUUCUUUAUCGGUAUAAAGCCAAACCCACCAUUCCCAUGUACAGAACAAAUAGAUAG